UCCGGGGUGGGUGCGGGGUCGAGGGAGGAGUGUCUGACAGUUGGCGCCACCGGGAGGGUGGGAGAGUGAUGGGAAUGGGCGCGGGCUCGCUGGGCCAGGUGAGGAUCGGGCUGGAGAUGUUUCCUCAGUUCAUUCAAGUGGGAAGAUUCAUAUUGCUAUCUUAAUGGAAGACUAACAUUGCCUCCUUUGGGAAGAAGGAAAACUUAAGCAAAAUACAGUGGAACCAAGAGUCUAUUAAAUUGUAAACAGCGAAUGAAAACUGAUUGGAGAAGGGAUAACAAACUAUAUGGGGCUGGCUGUGAGAAUGAAACAUGUAUAUUCUUAGUUCCUGGCAUUUUAUAAACACUCAACAGGAGCAACUCCAUGGGCAUCAGAAUCAAGAAGAACUUGUUUUUGAAUCCUAGUAAGGCUCCCGGGAGCAAGGUCAAGGCGAGGGAGACGAUGGUUUCAGUGACUAUGGCCACCUCUGAGUGGAUCCAGUUCUUCAAGGAAGCCGGCAUCCCCCCGGGACCUGCUGUAAACUAUGCUGUGAUGUUUGUGGAUAAUAGGAUCCAGAAGAGCAUGCUGCUAGAUCUCAACAAGGAAAUCAUGAACGAGCUGGGCGUGACCGUGGUGGGUGACAUCAUCGCCAUCCUCAAGCACGCCAAGGUGGUGCACCGCCAGGAUAUGUGCAAAGCUGCCACUCAGUCGGUCCCCUGCAGCCCCAGCCCCCUUCCAGCUGAGCUACGUCGUGGCACCUCUAGCGCUGCCUCCCGAAUGAUCACCAACAGCCUGAACCGUGACUCCCCACCCAGCACUCCCCCAAGGCGGCCAGACACCAGUACCUCCAAGAUCUCAGUCACUGUGUCCAACAAGAUGGCAGCAAGGAGUGCCAAGGCCUCUGCAGCUGCCCUGACACACAGGGACGAGGAGAGCCUGGAAGUUCCCACCAAGCGGCGCCGGGUCACUGCCGAGAUGGAAGGGAAGUACAUCAUCAACAUGCCCAAAGGCACCACACCCCGGACCCGCAAGAUCCUGGAGCAGCAGCAAGCAGCCAAAGGUCUGCCCAGGACAUCCGUGUUUGACCGCCUUGGCGCCGAGACCAAGGCCGACACAACCACAGGGAGCAGGCCCACAGGAGUUUUCAGCCGCCUGGGGGCCACCCCAGAGAUGGAUGAGGACCUGGCAUGGGACAGUGACAAUGACAGCAGCAGCUCUGUCUUGCAAUAUGCUGGCGUCCUGAAGAAGCUGGGACGGGGCCCAGUGAAGGCCAGUCCCCAGCCGUCACUGACUGUCAAAGCUAAGGCCACAAGCUCAGCCACACCAGCUGCCACCCCAACCCUGCGGCGCCUUGCCCCUUCCUCCCGUCCCACUCUCGAGAGGAAGCCAGAGUCCCUGUCCAAAGUCAGCAUCAUCCAGAGACUGGGCAAGGCUGCCCUUGUGCCUGAGGCCCAGGACAGCCAGGUCACGAGCACCAAGAGUAAGUCUUCGGCUGAGGUCAAGGUCACCAUUAAAAGGACUCUGGUGGGGCCCCGGGGGAGCAGCUCCAGUGAGGGCCUUGGUGCUCAGAUGGACCAUGCAGGCACGGUGAGCGUGUUCAAAAGACUGGGCCGAAGGACCUUCUAGCCCACUCGAGAGCAGAGUGUGGCCCCUUAGGCUCCCGGCUCCAUCUGAGUCUGCCUAGUGGGCUGCUGGCCUCCCUGCCAGCUCUGGAUGGCACUGCUUUUCUCCCUCUGGUGUUGGUGCUGGACCGAAGCCCUCAGGCCUCACACUGGUUUUCCUGGGCUGGGGGGUCGAUACAGCCUGGCCUUGCCUGCUCUGGGACUUUCCCUGCCCUCCUGCCCUGUUCUCUGCUCUCUGGCUGUGGCCUUGGCAGGACCCACUUUCUCCGUCUCCCAAGCGCCCAGUGCCCUGUCUCCCACAGACCCCUUCCCUCACAGCAGCUUCCGUGUUCUCCCUCUGCCCCCAGAGGGGUGUCUCCUGGGGCUCCUGGCUCCCCACACCCCAGCUUCCCUCACUCCUUCCCUCCCCCGCUGCUAUAAUGUCACUUUGCUCUCUUCACCCUGUUCAUUUCUCUUCUGUUUUCUGUCCCUGUGGCAAGGCCUGACUGUCUGCUGUGUCCUGCCCGACCCUCCUGCACCUCCGGCCUCCCAGCGGCCCCCUCGUCGGCAGUGGCGUCGAGCCUGUAGAGACUGUUAGCCGCCUCCACUCCCAGGCUGGAGGGGCCCCCAGGUUCGGGGCUGCAGCUGGGGCACCUUCAUUUUCCUGCCCUGGGCAUCUUUUUCUCUGAAAGUUGGUGGUGGUGGGUGGGCAAGGGGCAGUGGGAAGGGAGGCCAGUUCAGAGAGACAACACAACAUGUGUUUUAAUAUAUUUUUGUGACUUCCGAA